CGCUGGGGACCUGGUCCCUCCCGCGCACCCGAGUGAUGGAGGGGAAGAGAUUCGCUUAGACACACACACACGCGCACACAGCUGGGCACGUCUCCGGGAGGCAGCUGCCGGCUGGGGCGCGCCAGGGGCCGGGCGGCGGCCGUGACAGCACCCGCCGCGGGGAGCUGAGAACCCGCACAGCUUGGCACCGGCGGCUCCAACACCCAGGAAGGGAAGAGCCCAACCACACUGACUGUUGCUCUUUUGGGCGGAUCGGGAGGGAGGAGGCUGCCCAAGGAGCUGUCCCCGCGGACCCCGGAGGCGCUGCCCCCAGCGCUCAGAGCCGGGUCGCGCUGGUGCCCGCCCGGGGCGAGGAGGAUGCGCCCCUCCUCCCGCAGAGCGGCUGCGGGCCCCGGCACUGCGCGGACUCGGGCUCUGGCGGCCGCCCGUGUCGUGUUCGCGCCGCGGGAGCGCGCUUUGCCGCACCUGGCUGGAGUCUCCCCGGGAAGUGAAGGAAACGCGCCCUAAACUCCACUACGUACUUCUCGCCCGCUUCCUCCUCCUCCGGGCUCCGGGUCCGGGACCUCACAGCCGCCGCUGCCGCCACCGACUGCGCGUGGGGCCCGCCCGCCCCUUACUCACUCGCGCGCACGCACAGCCCGGUUCGCUCGCUCCCAUUCACGCCGCCUGGCUCUCCGCCUCGCGGAAGCCGGGGCAUCCGAAACUACUGGACAAACUGCGCCGGGACUGCAGGAGUUGCCCGGUGGCCUGGCGCGACCCGCCUCUGGUCCCCGCGCCCUGGGCCCGCACCGCCGCUGCCACGGACGAUGAGAUAAUCGGAUACCCAGAGGCCCCAUCGCUGUCUUCCCUUCUGAAUGACGUUUCUGCUGUCUACCUAAGGAGCCUCCUGGCAGCCUGGAAACACUUGGAAGUUAAACAGAGAAUCCACUGCAUAUAUUGUUCUUGAAAAUUUCCAUCGUAUAUGUUCAGAGCUUUCUGAAUAAGCAUAAGGAUGUGAAGGUGCUAAUAAGCAAGGAACACGCCCAAAGGACAGGUGGUUGAGGAGAGGCCAUGGAAUAUCCACCAACCAGAUAAUCAUCGCUGGAAUAAUUGGGAAGUGUCUGAAUGUAGGCUGCAGAAGUCCUGAAGGUUGAUGGAGGGCCAUGCUAUUCAAACAGCAGGCGUGGCUGAGACAGAAGCUGCUGGUGCUGGGAAGCCUUGCCGUUGGGAGUCUCCUGUAUCUAGUCGCCAGAGUUGGGAGCUUGGAUAGGCUACAGCCCAUUUGCCCCAUUGAAGGCCGAUUUGGAGCCCGCGGGCAGGCUGAAUUCCCUCUCCGUGCCCUGCAGUUUAAGCGUGGCCUGCUGCACGAGUUCCGGAAGGGCAAUGCUUCCAAGGAACAGGUUCGCCUUCAUGACCUGGUCCAACAGCUCCCCAAGGCCAUUAUCAUUGGGGUGAGGAAAGGAGGCACGAGGGCCCUGCUUGAGAUGCUGAACCUCCAUCCAGCAGUGGUCAAAGCCUCUCAAGAAAUCCACUUUUUUGACAAUGAUGAGAAUUAUGCCAAGGGCAUUGAGUGGUAUCGGAAAAAGAUGCCUUUUUCCUACCCUCAGCAAAUCACAAUUGAAAAGAGCCCAGCAUAUUUUAUCACAGAGGAGGUUCCGGAAAGGAUUUACAAAAUGAACUCAUCCAUCAAGUUGUUGAUCAUUGUCAGGGAGCCAACCACAAGAGCUAUUUCUGAUUAUACUCAGGUGCUAGAGGGGAAGGAGAGGAAGAACAAAACGUAUUACAAGUUUGAGAAGCUGGCAAUAGACCCUAAUACCUGCGAAGUGAACACAAAAUACAAAGCGGUAAGGACAAGCAUCUAUACCAAACAUCUGGAAAGGUGGUUGAAAUACUUUCCAAUUGAGCAGUUUCACAUUGUCGAUGGAGAUCGCCUCAUCAUGGAGCCUCUGCCAGAACUUCAGCUCGUAGAGAAGUUCCUAAAUCUUCCCCCAAGAAUAAGUCAAUACAAUUUAUAUUUCAAUGCUACCAGAGGGUUUUACUGCUUGAGAUUUAACAUUAUCUUUAAUAAGUGCCUGGCGGGCAGCAAGGGGCGCAUUCAUCCAGAGGUGGACCCCUCUGUCAUUACCAAAUUGCGCAAAUUCUUUCACCCUUUCAAUCAAAAAUUUUACCAGAUCACGGGGAGGACAUUGAACUGGCCGUAAAAUAAUGUCAUACAACACUAUGUGUUGUGCCUGGAGAAACACAAUGUCUCCUCUAGAUUAAAAUAUGCACUUUUCCGAGACACAACUAUCCAAGUCGUUUUUCCAUGUAUACUUGUACAUACUCAGUGUGUGACCAAAUAUAAGAUCAGCUUUUUUUUCUACUGAAAAUGUACAAA